AUGGGCAAGAGCCUGGGGCUGGGCAAGGGCAAGGGGCUGGGUGGUGGGCAUGGCAGUACGGGCAAGCACGGAAGUUCGACAGAGUUUACGGCGGCUGACGAUGCGGCGCUGGUGGAGGCGGCGCUGCAGGGCGUGGUGGCGCCUGCCGUGGCUGCAGUGGCGGUUCCGCUCUCGGCUCCGUUCACCCCGCAUGACAUUGCCGCGCGUUGGAAGUAUUUGCUCAACUAUGCCACGCCUGAGGGCGGGACAGGCAAGGGAUCGCCGCUGGCAGAGCUGGCAUCGGCGCGCAAGGCGCUACGCUCGGCUGAUGUGGUGUGGUCGGCCGAGGAGGACAAGGUCCUGGCCGGGUACUCGGGCCCACGUACGGCCGAGGCACUGCAGGCGCUGCUGGGGAGCCACGCGGCGGUUUUCCACCCGACGCGGACGCCGAAGGACUUGCUGGAGCAGCUAAUGGUGCUGGACCAUGUGGCGGCGGUGACAGCGGCGGCGCCGCAGUCCGCGUCAUCGUUCGCAGCGCUGGAAGAGGAGCUCUUUGCGGACGCCGACCGCACGCUGUGCAAGGUGAUGAAGGACAAGCUUCGGUGGUCGGAGCGGGCGCACCUUGUUCCACUGCUGGAAGGCGCGCUGGCUGCGGGCGGCGGGGCCGAGGCCAGGGCCGGAAACGGGGUGCCGUCUGCGGCGGCGGCGCAGGCGCUGCUCGCAAACGAGGCGUCCUCAUUUGAGCUUGCCACCGCGCUUCGCGACGCCGAGUGGGUCCGCAACACGGUGGCACACGCCGAUCGCGUAAUGGAGCUCGAGCCGCUUGUCGAGCUCCGGCGGCACAUGCAGUGGUCGCCGUCGACGCUCGCCCUCCUCCGCGGCUCCAAGCUGUUCUUUGCCAUGGCAUACGCCGGCUUUACCUUUGGCCGCGGGUCGGGGCCUGCCGACGUUGAUCUUGCGGUCGAGGGCGCGUGCCCCAAGGUGUCGCGGCUGCAGGGCGCCAUCAAGCUCAAGGCUGACGGCUUCUUUUACCUGGUCAACCUCGGCUCGGCGCGAGUGGCGGUCAACGGGGCGCGGCUUCGAAAGCACGGCUCGAUGCGGCUGCCACACAACGCAUGCCUACAGAUUGCUAACCUCACGUUUAUCUUCGAGGUCAACCAGGUGGUCAUGCCGCAGGUGCGCGCGGCGCUGGCGCCUGCGCUCGACGCCGCCAAGGCUGCGGCGAGCGCGGCGGCAGGCUUGCGGACGCGGACGUGAAGAACGCGACGCAAGGUGAAAGGUGAGCUCCCUCACAGUGUCGUCUGGCCAAAGGCUGAGAGCACCAUCUGGACAGCAACCUUGGCGGUGGCGUUGCGCGUGUCGAGGACCGGGUUGACUUCGACGACGUCGAGCCCGCACAUGCCGCCGUGGCGGGCGAGCAUCUCCAUGAUGAGGUGGCCCUCACGGAAGGAGAUGCCGCCGGGCACGGGCGUGCCCACGCCCGGGGCCACGGACGGGUCGAGCGAGUCUGCGUCAAACGAGACCGCAAACGAGUCAGCGACGCCCGGAGCGAUGAUGUUGAGCGCACGCUCCAUGACGUUGGCCAUACCGUGGCGGUCGAUGGAGGACAUGGUAAAGACAUUGUGGUCCUCGA